AUGAACAAACCUUUACGAACCCAACAUCCCCUAUUUCAAAUUGCAAAUAAUGCUCUAGUAGAUCUUCCAGCACCAAUUAAUAUUUCAGCCUGAUGAAACUUCGGGUCAUUAUUAGGAUUAUGUUUAACUAUUCAAAUUUUAACGGGAUUAUUCCUAGCUAUACAUUACACCGCAGAUAUCAACUUAGCGUUCAAUAGAGUAAAUCACAUUUGUCGUGACGUAAACUAUGGUUGAUUACUACGAACUAUUCACGCUAACGGUGCUUCAUUUUUUUUUAUUUGUAUUUACUUACAUGUAGGACGUGGAAUUUACUACGGCUCAUAUUUAUUUACUCCUACAUGAUUAGUGGGAGUCCUAAUCUUAUUUUUAGUUAUAGCAACAGCUUUCAUAGGAUAUGUCCUACCUUGAGGACAAAUAUCUUUCUGAGGAGCAACAGUUAUUACUAAUUUAUUAUCCGCUAUCCCAUACCUAGGAAUUGAUUUAGUACAAUGAGUAUGGGGAGGAUUCGCAGUAGACAAUGCUACUCUAACCCGAUUUUUCACAUUUCACUUCAUCUUACCAUUUAUUGUACUAGCAAUAACAUUAAUUCAUCUUUUAUUUCUCCAUCAAACCGGUUCAAAUAAUCCCAUCGGAUUAAAUUCCAAUAUUGACAAAAUCCCUUUCCACCCCUACUUUUCAUACAAAGAUAUUGUUGGAUUUGUAAUUAUAGUAGCAGCCCUACUACUCUUAACAUUAAUUAACCCAUAUUUAUUAGGAGACCCAGACAACUUUAUCCCAGCUAAUCCUUUAGUUACCCCAGUCCAUAUUCAGCCAGAAUGAUAUUUCCUUUUCGCCUACGCCAUUCUUCGGUCAAUCCCUAAUAAACUAGGAGGAGUUAUUGCUCUAGUAUUAUCAAUUGCUAUUCUAGCUAUUCUUCCAUUUUACCACAUAAGAAAAUUCCGGGGAAUUCAAUUUUACCCAAUCAAUAAAAUUUUAUUUUGAAAUAUAGUGGUUACAGUAAUUUUAUUAACAUGAAUUGGAGCACGACCAGUAGAAGAACCUUACGUUCUAGUAGGACAAAUCCUAACUAUCAUUUAUUUUUUAUAUUAUAUUAUUAACCCAUUAAUUAAUAAAUGAUGAGAUAAUUUAAUUAAUUAG